AUGAGGAAGGAGUUGAAAAUUCUUAUAAUAGCGAACAUUGCAUUACUUUUCUCGAUAAUACAUUACACAUUUGACUUGUUGACGUUGUGUAUAGAUGAUACCUUCAAAGAUGCGCUAACAGAUGAAGAGCUGAACCCGCCCAAGGGUUUCAAUUCAACGCUCUAUGAGUCUCCCCCUCAACUUAUACCGAAAAUCAUUCAUCAAACCUACAAAACGAACGAUAUCCCAGAACAGUGGGUAAAAGGCAGGCAGAAGUGUAUUGAUUUACACCCCGACUAUACCUACAUUUUAUGGACGGAUGAUAUGUCUGAUAGUUUUAUUAAACAGGAGUACCCAUGGUUUCUGGACACCUUUAGAAGUUAUGAGUAUCCGAUUGAGAGGGCAGAUGCAAUACGGUAUUUCAUUCUUUCACAUUAUGGUGGUAUUUACAUUGACUUGGAUGAUGGUUGCGAAAGAAGGCUAGACCCUUUGUUGACAGUGCCAGCAUUUUUAAGGAAAACUUCGCCUACAGGGGUGUCCAAUGAUGUGAUGGGCUCUGUUCCAAGACACCCAUUCUUCUUGAAAGUCAUCAAAUCAUUGAAGCACUACAAGAAAAACUGGUAUAUUCCAUAUAUGACCAUCAUGGGCUCUACUGGCCCCUUAUUCAUUAGUGUGGUUUGGAAGCAAUAUAAGAGAUGGUCUAAUACGGCCGAAAAUGGUGCGGUAAGGAUCUUACAACCUGCUGACUAUAAAAUGCAUCAUAAUUCUUUCUUUUCAAUAUCUAAAGGUUCCUCCUGGCAUACGGGCGACGCAAAUUUUAUGAAAACUCUGGAGAAUCAUAUCUUAUCUUGCGUGGUUACUGGAUUCAUUUUUGGCUUUUUCAUAUUAUACGGUGAAUAUACCUUUUAUACUUGGCUGUGCUCUGGACCAUUCAACAACAAACGUUAUUACAUUCAGUGGUUGAGUGACAAGUUCAAGUUGCGCAAGUGGAAACUAACAUCAUUCAAGGACAGAGAAAAGAGUCGGACGCUCGCACGUCACGAAUAUACCUCGAAGGGUAAAAGACUAAGAAAAGACUCUAACAUCCCCUACGACAGCGUUUUCCUUGAUAUAGAAAAGAAUCACGCUAAAUUUACCGACUUGACCUGA